AGCGUAGCUCGUCUUCAUUUGGAUUUAAUCCUCUAUCAAAUCUCCUCGUAUCUGCCGUCACGUGAAGGGGGUGACCGAGACGCCGCGUUCGGCCUCUUCUGAAACCCUCACUUCAUGGUAGAAAUAUAUAGACUGCACAAGGUACCACGGUUGAAGAACACCGUGACGGCAUCAUUACUCCAGAGCCCCCUUGCGCAGCUUGCAUCCCAGUCUAAACUGUAGGACUCCUUCUACCCUCAUUGAGUGUUUCCGAUGCAUUUCUACCCCAAAGCACGACAUCAGCCACACCCCAGCAUCCACGACCCUUCUGUUCGCCGGCGUCGAUGGGGACUGCUCAAAGCAGCUGGUCUGAACUUCAUCGUACUGCAGCUUCUCUUUCUCGGUCUCUUCUGUUACCUGUUUGGCUCCCUUUUCCAGCAGACCACGCAUACGCAUAACCUACACGUUGUCUUUGUCGACUACGAUGGGGGAGCUGUGGGAAGCGCAAUUCGCGCCGCGUAUCAGCAGCUAAAGGGCCCUGGUUUCCCCACGUUGAACGAGCAAUCGGUGUCGGCGUAUCCCCGGCCGAGCACCGUCACAUCUGCCGUAUGUAAUAUCGACUACUGGGGUGGGUUAUACACGUCUGCGAAUGCAUCAAAUCGCUUGGCUGCCGCAUUCGGAGGAGGUUCCGCGGCAGCCUCGUAUAACAACAGCGAUGUUCUCACUCUGGUCUGGAAUGAAGCACGGUACCCCGCCGUGGUGGAUUCCGCCAUUGCGAACAAUAUGCAGUCACUUUCGGAAGCUGCACGAGUGGCCUACUUCAAAACAAAUGGGAUGCAGGCACUCGGGAGCUUGAACGACACUGAUCCCGCUGCCAUUGCGGCGUUUACCAACCCUUGGACGUUGGCUUCAAUCAACAUCCAGCCCACUACUCAAGGCUCCCGACUCAUCUACAAUACCUUGGUAAUUAUCUUGAUUCUCAUCCAGGAAUUCUUCUACUUGGGUUACAUCAAUGGCCUGUAUCAGCAAUUUCAACUUUAUGUCACCAUAGCAGCGCCUCGAAUUGCCACCGUUCGCCAACUCAUAUCAGGGUUAUACACGCUGUCUGGAUCGCUGUGUACAACGGGCGCCAUCUGGGCCUUUCGCCAUGGGUGGCAUGUCGAUGGAGGACAGUUCGCCAUGACCUGGAUGGCCUUGUGGCUGUUUGCCCACUGCAACUUUCUUGUCCUCGAUGUCUUCACGAUCUGGCUCCCCCCACCGGCUGUGCCGAUGGCCCUCAUCUCGUGGAUAGUUUUGAAUGUCACAUCGAUACUUCUCCCAUUCGAACUCUCCCCAGGAUUCUAUCAGUGGGGAUAUGCGCUGCCAGCACACAGCAUCUUUCAGGUGCUGGUGGACAUUUGGUCCGAUGGCUGCAACCCGCAACUUUACUACGCGUUACCAGUUUUAUUCGCGUAUGAAUUGAUCGCACUAACGUUAAGCUCUGUUGGGGUAUACCGGCGGGCACACUACGCCGUCAUUGCGAAGGAGACAGAAGAGAAGACGUGGAAGGACCGUGUCGCUGCGGCGCUAUCGGAGCAACAACAGCAACAAAUGCUGGAGGAAUCUCCGUCGCCCUCGACACCGGACUCGGCGCUGACGGAGAGUCAACAGCAGCAAGAUCGUACACGACGGCGUAGUACUGCUGCAGGUAUUACUGAUCAAGAAGCACUGACCGGGCAGCUAUGGCGAGAGAUGUCCAGGGUCGAAAAGGCCCCCACUGGCCGACGAAAUACCGGUCCCUGUUUCGAUUUGCCUUUCACUGACUAGUUAUAUGCGGUUCUCACUGUGUAGAAUCCCUUUGUACUUGGAUCGCGAUCUAUGC